UCUGCGGCGCUGGAUCAGCUGACGACUCUGAGGCUUGUAGAGGACAAAACUGCUACAAGCUCAAGCUGAGGAAAAAAACAAGCUCUUUUAUCAUUUAAUAUAAAUUCCCCGUCACGAGGACGAUGUUCCAUUAGAGGUCUUUAAAGUUUGCAAGAGAACAUGUCUGGAAACAGUCUGGUAUUACCCAUAGUGCUGUGGGGCCGCACCGCUCCCACACACUGCAUCUCCAGCCUGCUGGUCAUGGACGACCUGGCCACCAUCAUCAGCGGCUGCCACGACGGUCAGAUCUGCAUUUGGGACUUGACCCCUGACCUGGAGAUUAACCCGCGGGCUCUGCUGUUUGGACACAGCACCUCUGUCACCUGUCUGUCCAAGGCCAGCGCGAGCAGUGACAAACAGUACAUGGUCAGCGCAUCAGAGAGCGGGGAGAUGUGUCUAUGGGAUGUCAAUGAUGGUCGCUGCAUUGAGUUCACUAAGCUGGCCUGUGCUCACACGGGAAUACAGUUCUACCAGUUCACUAUUGGGACCCAGCGUGAGGGUCGUCUCCUGUGUCACGGUCACUACCCGGAGAUCCUCGUGGUGGAUGCCACCAGCCUGGAGGUUCUUUACUCUCUGGUGUCCAAAAUAUCUCCUGACUGGAUCAGCUCCAUGAGCAUUAUCCGCUCCCAUCGCACCCAGGAAGACACAGUGGUGGCUGUCUCUGUGACUGGGAUUCUGAAGGUGUGGAUCAUCACAGCAGAAGUGAGCCGAAUGCAGGACCUGGACCCUGUGUUUGAGGAAGAGUCCAAGCCAAUCUACUGCCAGAAUUGCCAGAGUAUUUCAUUCUGCACCUUCACACAGCUGUCUCUGCUCGUCGUCUGCUCCAAAUACUGGAGGGUGUUUGACGCUGGAGAUUUCUCGCUCCUGUGCUCUGUGCCCAGUGAGAACGAUCAGUCGUGGACAGGAGGAGAGUUUAUCGCCGCUGAUAAAGUUAUAAUCUGGACCGAGGACGGCUGCAGCUACAUCUACAAACUUCCGGCCAGCUGUCUUCCAGCCAGUGAACACUUCCGGAGUGAUGUAGGGAAAACAGCAGAAGGUUCCAUCCCUCCUCUGGUGUACAGCAUUGCGGAUCGGGCAGACAAACAGCUGGAGGAGGAGUGCGAGGGCCAGUGUGUUAUCGUGUGUAUUCCCGACAGCGCAUCCGGUCCGGAGCUCUACACUCCUGAGCUGCUGUACCUCCAGCGGCCUCUAGAGGCACCAUUACUGAUCUGUCCUCCAGUGACGCAGUUCUUUUACGGCCGCAGAGAGCCAUUCCACAAGCUGCUGGUUCAGGGCGACUCAGCAGGCAGGUUGACCCUGUGGAGCAUUCCGGACACUUCACCGCUGCAGCCGCUGUCUUCAGCUGCAGAGCUGCAGGUAUCGUCCACCAUCAGUCUGCAGGAGGCGUUCGAUAAGCUCAGUCCACUCCCCGCGGGCAUCAUCGACCAGCUGAGCAUGCUGCCAGGCUCCGAAGAACCGACAAAGGUGACGGCGAGCGUGUACAUCCCGUCUCAGGGACGCCUGGUGUGCGGCAGGGAAGACGGCAGCAUCGUCCUGGUGCCGGCCACGCAGACCGCCAUCGUCCAGCUGCUGCAGGGAGAACACAUGCUGCGCAGAGGUUGGCCUCCUCACCGCACUCUGAGAGGACACAGGAAUAAGGUGACGUGUCUGCUGUACCCUCACCAGGUGUCCCCGCGGUAUGACCAGCGCUCUCUGGUCUCGGGUGGUGUGGAUUUCUCCGUCAUCGUCUGGGACAUUUUCACCGGAGAGAUGAAACACAUCUUCUGUGUCCAUGGAGGAGAGAUCACCCAGCUCCUCGUCCCACCUGAGAACUGCAGCACCCGGGUUCAGCACUGCGUGUGCUCCGUGGCGAGCGAUCACUCGGUGGGAUUGUUGAGUCUCCGGGAGAGGAAGUGCAUCAUGCUGGCCUCGCGCCACCUCUUCCCCAUCCAGGUGAUAAAAUGGCGCCCGUGUGACGAUUACCUGGUGGUGGGCUGCUCCGACGGCUCCGUCUACGUCUGGCAGAUGGACACAGGAGCGUUGGACCGGUGUGUGAUGGGGAUCACGGCAGUGGAGAUAUUAAAUGCGUGUGAUGAGGCGGUGCCUGCGUCUGUAGACGGUUUGAAUCACGCGGCGGUGAAUCUGAAGCAGGCCAUGACACGCCGCAGCCUGGCAGCCCUCAAGAACAUGGCACAACACAAACUCCACACACUCGCUACCAACCUGCUCGCUGCAGACAACGCAGACAAGGGCAACUUGCCUAAAUACUCCCACAAUGCACUGGUGGUGCAGGCCAUGAAGACCAACGUGACUGACCCGGACAUGCACGUCCUGUUUUUCGACGUAGAAGCCGUGAUCAUCCAGCUGCUGACCGAGGAGGCGCAGCGUCCCAAUCCCACGCUCGUGUCCCCGGAAACACUGCAGAAGACUCCAGGGGGCGCCGACAAGGGCGGGUCGUUUCUGGCUAAUAAGAUCUUCAAGCAGGUGAAAGAGACCAUCAAAGAGAACAUCAAGGAGCACCUGCUGGACGAGGACGAGGAUGAGGAGGAGGAGGCUCGCCGGCGAGAGGAGAAGUCCAAAUCCCUCAGCCUGCUGGAGUACAACCUGACCAUGGACACGGCCAAGCUCUUCAUGUCCUGCCUCCACGCGUGGGGUCUGAACAGCAUGCUGGACGAGGUGUGUGUGAGCCGACUGGGCAUGCUCAGACCUCACACGCCCAUCUCCUUCGGCCUGAUCUCGCGUGGAGGCCACAUGUCUCUCAUGCUGCCCACCUUUAAGGACUCCUUGUUGAGGCAGCUGGCGAGGGGCAUCGGCCCCGAGGGCAGGAAGCUCUCCGUUUCCGAGGUGGUGGGCAAGGGCACGUACGGCGUGUCGCGUGCAGUCACGACUCAGCACCUGCUGUCGGUCAUCUCGCUGGCUAACACGCUCAUGAGCAUGACCAACGCCACCUUCGUGGGAGAGCACAUGAAGAAAGCUCCAGCCAGGCCUCCAAGACCCGGUGCCCCAGAGAGCCCCAAAAAGAUGCCCCCCCAGGUCUCCAACCCGGCAAUGCAGUCCCAGAUCAAACAAGCUGCUGCCGCCGCUUCCACCUCCGCUCUCGCACCCGGCACAGGGGCGCCUCACGCCGCCUCCACCUUUCAUUCCUCUCCCUCCGUAAAUGAAGGAUGGAGUCAGCUGGCUGCGAUGCAUUGUGUGAUGCUGCCCGAUCUGCUGGGGCUCGAUAAGUUUAGACCUCCCCUACUGGAGAUGCUCGCUCGCAGGUGGCAGGAUCGCUGCUUGGAGGUAAGGGAAGCGGCCCAGGCUCUCCUGUUAGCAGAGCUGCGCAGGAUCGGUCAAUCCGGCAGGAAGGACACCAUCGACAUGUGGGCUCCGUACCUGCCUCAGUAUGUGGAUGCUGUCAGCUCACCUGGAGCCGCUCCCGAGACAACCCAGCCAACUCCUCCCCCAGCCGAAGCCCUGCCCACAGAACCCAAAGCUCCAGAGGAAGAAAUGGACGUCACUGACGAUGACAUCACUGCAGGAUGUCUGAGUAAUCUUCCUCCCAGCCUCAAGAAGAUCUCCAACUCGUACGAGGAGCGGAGGAAGCAGGCCACAGCCAUCGUGCUGCUGGGCGUGAUUGGAGCCGAGUUCGGAGCAGAGAUCGAGCCGCCCAGGCUGCCCUCCCGCCCCAGAACCAGCGGCCAGGCGCCCGACGGCUUCGGACUCACCACCGGGGGCUCCAACUACUCACUGGCACGCCAUACCUGUAAGGCAUUGACGUUCCUCCUCCUCCAGCCCCCAAGCCCUAAACUCCCUGCCCACAGCACCAUCCGCCGCACAGCCAUCGAUCUGAUUGGCCGAGGCUUCACGGUGUGGGAGCCGUACAUGGACGUCUCAGCCGUGCUCAUGGGCCUGCUGGAGCUGUGCGCCGAUGCUGAGAAACAGCUGGCCAACAUCACAAUGGGUCUUCCCCUGAACCCGGCGGCCGACUCUGCCCGCUCCGCUCGACACGCUCUCUCUCUGAUCGCCACGGCACGACCGCCUGCCUUCAUCACCACCAUCGCCAAAGAGGUGCACAGACACACAGCGAUGCAGUCUCAGGGAUCACAGUCUCAGCAGAACGUUCACACCACCACUCUGGCUCGGGCCAAAGCUGAGAUCCUGCGUGUCAUCGAGAUCCUCAUUGAGAAAAUGCCUUCAGAUGUCGUGGACCUGCUGGUGGAGGUGAUGGAUAUUAUUAUGUACUGCAUCGAGGGCUCUCUGGUCAAGAAGAAAGGUCUCUCUGAGUGCUUCCCUGCAAUCUGCAAGUUCUAUAUGGUGGCGUAUUGUGAUCGGAGUUACCGUGUGGCUGUUGGAGCUCGUCAGGGUUCUGUUGCUCUUUAUGAUGUUCGCACGGGCAAGUGCCAGCACAUCCAUGGACAUAAAGGUCCCAUUACGGCCGUGUCCUUCGCUCCGGACGGACGCUACCUGGCCACCUACUCCAACGCCGACAGCCACAUCUGCUUCUGGCAGAUGAACACAUCCCUCUUGGGCAGUAUAGGAAUGCUAAACUCCGCCCCUCAGCUGCGCUGCAUUAAGACCUAUCAGGUUCCCCCGGUGCAGCCGGCGUCUCCUGGCUCUCAGAACUCCCUCAAACUGGCUCGUCUCAUCUGGACCUCCAACCGAAAUGUCAUCCUGAUGGCCCACGAUGGCAAGGAGCACCGCUUCAUGGUGUGAGGAAGCUCUCAUCAGCCCCGAGCUCAGGCUCUCGUCGAGAACUUCAGGACCGCGUACCUCGGAGCAGAAUGGAACCCGGGCCACGUCCGGGAGCAGACGUUUUUAUUCGACACUUUUAGUGUGUUUACAUCGCUGGUUUUUUCCCCAUUCCGCUUUUUAUUUAAACCACUUUUAAAUGUGUGUCUGGUAGUUCAUUGAGGAUGAAGGAUUUUGGACAAUCGACGUUGUCGUGAGGGGGGGUCAAAGGUCAACAGGGGACCUUUUUCAAGAUAUGAAGGGACGGAUAGGAGUUUUCAUUUCGUUUGCACAUAGCAAAACAGAACCAAAUGUGUUUCUGGCACAUAACCUGAUCUCCCUGGGGCCCCUGUGCCCCUGCUUUUGCCUAACCCCUAGUAACCCUGUGAUCGGUGUCUGAUCUCCUGCAUGAGGUACUGAAACUUUUCUCACAUUUUGAACCAGACCAGAAUGGACCAGAGCCACUUCCUGCAUAGGUGUCGAUUAAAAAAAAAAAAUCAGACUAUUCCUGUUCCAGUGUAGUCGACAAUCUGGACACUUCCUGUUUAACAGUUUCUCAGUAGCUUCAUUUUUGCCAUAUUGCUGCUGGAACAUUUACAGGAACUUGUUUUGCGGACAUUCCGUAGCUGUAACUGGAUAAAAAUUGCAGCGAUGUUCUUUAAUAAAGGCGAGAACCUGCUUGGGACACGCUGCUGCAAAACAUCAGUUCUCAUAAAUCUACUUCCUGUUCUGAAUAGAAUUAAUGUAGCCCCUUCCUGUUUUGGCAUGAUCACUUUCUGCAUUCCCCCAUAGUCAACAAAUCUGUUUCGAUGCCGUUGGCUAACCCAACCCCCUUUAUAAACAAACCCCACCCCUUUUUCAUGCCAUGUGGGCGUGGCCUUGAGUCCUGGUCUGGCGUAUCACUAAAAGUCUGUAGUGGAUGAACAUAACCAUAUCACAUAUUGUUGAUUCGUACAUAUUGCAUCACCGGGAAGACGCCUAACGUAGCUUGUUGUGUUAUUUUUGUUUUUGUUUUGUUUUUUUGUCGUAAACAGAACUGUUUUAUUAUUUUGGUUUCGUCUCGUCUCGCAGUCGUGUUUGUGUUAUCGUGGAAUAUUCGCUAGUGUGUUGUUGAGACGCUGUAUCGCUAUUUAUCAGAGUAGCUUUUCUUAUCUGGGCUUCGGAGUUAGCGUGUGUUGCUAAUGUUGACAAGCCUGCUACUACACACACACACACACACUCUCAUAUACCAUGUGCUGUAGAUAUUUGGCUCAGAAUAAAUGAAGGUACAAAAGACUA